AUGGCGAUUGGAGAGGAAGUCCUGGUGGGUCGCUUUUCGUUCCAGCUUGAGCCGGGAAGCGAUUCACAGCAAUGGCUGCGGGAAGGUCAAUCGUUGGAUUUGUUCUUCUUGCCGCUGGCCGCCUGGGACUUCCGCGUCUCAGCCGGAUCCGCCACGGCUUGUGCGUCCCUGCAAUUCAACGUUGCAAACAGCGGAGAGACCGCGGAGGCACCGUCCUGCUUCGCCAACUCAGUUGGUGGUGCAGCCUUGGACUUCCAAGAGAACAUGCUAACGCUUGUCCUGGGAUCAGGUACAGUCAUCAGCCCGUAUGCGCCCGGGCUGGUGGAAGUUACUUUGCCACUCCCGUCUGGCGGAAUCUUCGGAACCCAAGUACUCGCAGCUUGCAGGUACCAAGUCCCUGCGGGCCAGGCAGCUUGGCACACGGCAUCGAAGCCCUUGCAGUGGGCAGAGGCGCCAAGAGUGGCCAGAGCGGGUUUCGUUGGACUUCCACAGGUGGACUCGUGGCGAAAUUCCAAAGAACCUGGUGGCAACAUCACUGCAGACAUUGCUGUCAUUUCAGGGCUUACCUUGUCGGGACAUGCUGGGGCGGCCCUGCAUCUGCAUCCUCCAGCUUACUUCCGUAUCAUCGCUCUCGAAGAUCCAGGUGCUAGUGCUGAUGAGCCUUGGGCGAGAGUCGUUGCAUCCAUGGCAGCAACAGAUCCUGGGGAGGCAGUUGUCGUGCAGCUCCAGUCAACGACUGCCCUCUAUGCAGGCGCUGAGUAUUUUGUUCGAGUGGCCGUGGUCUUACUGAUUCGCCUGGACUUGUACUCGUGGCAAUUGCACCUAGUUCUGGGCAGCGUGAACCCUGGCAGUUCCAAGUUUCUGGUGAGGACCGACGCGGUCGAGAGCCGCCCGGAUGAGCAUAGCUGGGGUGAAACCCGUCAUGAUGCGGUAUCCUCGAAAGCCGUGGGGCCAGGCGGCUGCUGCAAUGUUGAGGCGUUGGCCGCGUCCCUUUUCGAUGACGCAGCUGUGGACGCGGCACUUGAGGAGGUGAUCCAGGUCCCCGCGGCCUCACUGCUGCAGGUCAUUGCAAGGCGAACGGUGACCUCCCAGAUCCAUCCACACUGUCUCCGUCGCGAUGACGUCCUGGAAUUCGGAAGAGACGGUCACCUGAACCUUCACCACCUGCGGCUGCGGCACCCGGGCGUCGUGAGGGUCGGGCUGGCCUUCUCCACCGCCGCCUUAGGUCUCAGAACUUCGCGGGACUACAUCUAUUGGCUGAAAUCGAUAGCGCAGUUGAUCUCCUUUGCGAUGAUCUCCCGCGACCAGUUCGAUUGUCUCGUGUGUUUCGUGGUCAACACUGUGUCUCGAGGAAAGUUUUCAGAGGCUGACGACCUCGGCUGUAAGCGCUUGGGGCCGGCGUUCGAGAUUUGGCCUGACCUUUUGCGAUUCCGGCAGAUUGCAUACCAGGCAGUCGCGAACAGCCUGUCCGGCGAACCACCGCCCUCCGAGGUGCUCCAGGCACCUCGUGGAUUCGACUUCGCCACAGAGUUGAGCCCUGGCAGCUGCGAGAUGGUGGCGCUGCUGUCUACGCCAGCCCACAGCCAGUGUCAGGACUCACGAGCAGGCCCUUUCUCCUGGACCAGCGACAUUGCGACGAUCGUCCUACCUCCAUUGUCACGAUUAUUGGCACAAGAGUACGGUUUUGCAGUCUUCGCCAUGCUUCCGUCUUUUCCAGGGGCUUGGGUUGAAGAAGUGAACGGUCGUGGAACCUUCGCCCUGGAGACUCAGACGGAGGAUGCCUCGCCCUGCGACACUCUUCCUGCAAUACCUGGGCCCGAUGUUUUCCCGCAGCCUGGCAGAAUUGAAUCUUGCAGCCUGUCGACGACAGAGCCAGAGCAGGAAGCACUUGCCACGCUGACUUUCAGGCCAGGCGCGCAGCAUCCUUCGCCUGUCCCAGCCGUGCUGUAUCUUCACGUCGAAGCUCCAUUUGGUUACAGCUGGGUCAUGCCGGUAUCGUCAUGGUCUGCUCAAGUGGCACGGGGUCCGAACUCCAUUGCUGUGGCCAUGGCAAACCUCACUGCAAUCGGAACCUGUGUUGCUGACCGGCAGGACAUCUUGUGCAUCUCCACGACCGAUCUCCUGACUGCCAUGGACGAAAUAACCAUCACAGCUGGCAUCAUCGUCCCCUUGCAGAAUCCAGAUGUGCCUCAAGGACGUUUGAGCCUCCGCGUCGAGUGCGGCGAAUCUUCGCCGCAGCGGCUGAAGCUUCGAACGUUGGGCCACUCAGCAUCACGCGAAUUUGACCGUCUGGAGUCUAGAUUUGGCUCUCAGAUCGAGUCCCGUGGGAACUUCCGGGUGGAACGGCAGGAUUUGACUGUGCUGAAGAAGGGAAAGAGCGAGCUUGAUUGUGGUAGGGGUAGCUUCUACAACAUGACGCCGGUGCCUUCAGAACUCCAGGCAGAGAACGACAUUACAUUCUCGGUGACCACAGUGGCAGAGGUGCCGGUUGGAGGUGCCAUUGUUUUGGUGCCACCAAUCGAUGUGUUCGACUUUCCGAAUCCAUGCCAGGUGGAGGUGCCGAAUAGCGCCGCAUUGUCGAUCUUUGGUCUUCCCCUGCCGGAAUCUGCCGGUGCUUCCUGCGCCUCCUCGGCACUUGGAGCCGCAGUCGUCCUGCAGUUGGGCGCCCUACCGGCAAACACCUACCUGUUCACUGUGCGCGCGGUCCGCAACUUACGGACAAUUGCCGCAGACGAUCCGCUGUUCCAGUGGCAAGCAUACACAGUGGCAGCAGGAGCGCUUGCUGCAAGCAGCAUUGGCAGCCCAUCCGUCUCCUUUUUGGACAGCCCAAGAGCUUUUGCCAGCUUCUCUGUACUGGUAGCCAUGAACGAUGCCUUCAUUGACACAGAGUUGCUCGACCUGUCCGUGACCGGCUUCACGAAAGGGCGCGGUGCCUUGAACCAAGUUGUGAUUUGUUUCCAGCAGUCUUUGGCUUCCCUUGCUGGACAGACGCUGAGCGUCUACAUUCCAGACGGUUUCAGGCCUGGUCCUGCUCAGUCUGCGAAUCGAUGCAGACUCGCUUCGUGUGGCGUGCAUCCGCAGUCGUCGGCAUCGAAGCUCAGCCCCUUCAGACAAGUUCCUCUAAAUCCAGUGAGAGGCGUGCUCUCGCAUUGGGUGGGCAUGCUGCUGUAUGCAGCGGCGCUGAUCUUGUACACUGUGAGAGCUUUGCUGGUUUGGGCUACAGCUCCCAUUGUGGAGACCUACUCGGUGGUGGAAGCCAAGGAGUUUGGACCUCUCGAUCUGGAGUUCGAAGUUUCGUGCCCUUCCUGCGUUUUCUUCCAAUCAGCGAACUUCACCGAAGGGGAGGAGCACUGGCGAGUCUGGCAUGGCUAUGAUGCUGCAAUCUACCCGCAUUGCGCUGAAGCUGCAGAGAAUCACACCGUGGAUGAGAGGCUUUCCAAGGCAACACUAUGCUACAGUUCCGACGACAUUUCCGAAGCUUCUGGCAUUGUCGUCUCUCUCUGGAAUAUGACUACAGGAGGCCAGGGCAAUCGUGCGAACGUCAUCGUCAGGGCCCCGUCCCUGGUGGUUACCACCCCCCUAGAGUGGUGGCACGAAAAGACAUUACUCCUGGGCUUGAAGGUGACACGGGACGCGGAUGACUGCACUUCUUCUGCUGAUUGCAAUCUGCAGCGAGAGCUCUAUCUCGGCAGCAUGCAGUACGAUGGCCGGGUGCAGGGUUGGCCUGGAGCACGGCUGAACCUGCGACUGCUGCGGAUGCCCCAAGUGUACACGAAACUGCCUGGGCAGACCAUCUGGGAUGUGAUUGGAGCCGUUGGAGGAGCAAAUGGCCUUCUGCUGAGUGCGCUUGCGAUUUUCGUUUCCAGCCUGGAGACGUGGGAAACAAAGUGUGUUGCUGAGCCAGUCGCUGAAGCGACGACUGCAGUGGCUGAUAGGGGCGAUGCGGAAACGUGA